GGUAGAUGGGAAUCGAUUAUGUAAUGGUGGGGACGUGUCUGUGACGUCACGCUACACGCGCAGUGCAUUCCGACCCACUUUUAAAGGCUUCAACGUAGACUUUAGCCUUUAACUUCAAAGCUUCCACGACGACAUCGACAUCGACAGCAACAACGACGCUAAGCACGAUGACAAUUUAAUGAUAACGUUCUGCCUGCUCGUAUCCCCACUCCCUUUCACAAUUCGCAAAAAAAUCUUUCGGUUUCUCUCCGAAAGCCCCAUCGUCGCUAAAGUCGCGUAUGGACUCAAGAUUUCCUUCAUCUUCGUAGGCAUCCUCUUCCUAGAUGCUCUCCAACGUAUGUUCCGCGUAACAGCCGAAACCGAAAUGGCAAAAACAGGCGGUCAGAGUAUGCACGACGUACGAACUGAGACCAAUUUCGCCGCUCGCAAGUUCUACGCUCAACGAAACACUUAUCUAACUGUCAUCUUGGACCUCAUUCACACGCAGGAGGAAUAUGCAAAAUUGAAGAAAGUCGUUGGUGCUGGCGCCAAGGGUGACCAGUCUAAACAAAUUGAAGAACUCAAGAAGAAGUUAGCUGCGAGUGAAGCAAAAGACCGUGACUUUGAAACCCUCAAAAAGCAGGCCGCACAACAGGCUGCUGAAAUUGAUCGCCUUGUGAGUAGGCACAAUGAGGCGACUGGGGCUGUUUCGGACAAGAAAUUUGACUAGAGGUUCUUUGUGUAAUUGUCAUGUGCAACGUUUUCAUGUUCUUGUUGAUGAUUAUCAGUCCCCCAUCUUUGCUGUAGCCUUACCAUUGAAUGUACGGUAAGUAGCAAAUUCAGUGACAUGUAUAUAAUGGGUACAGUACUAUGCCUCCUACCGACCACAAUUUUAUUGGACGGACCCUGGUCCAUGUUUAGCCUC